GAGUUCUUCAAUAUCAAAACACCGGAAGCGGCAAGUUUUCAGUAGUCAUCGUACUUUGCGUUUACUUCAACUUAAAAAAAAAAACAUUUAAAAAUGACAGGACAAAUUCGAACUGUUGAAACCGACGCAGACUUUGACGUGGAGCUCACAAAUGCUGGUACAAAACUCGUCGUUGUUGACUUCUUCGCAACGUGGUGUGGACCAUGUAGAAAUAUUGCACCAGUAUAUGUUCAGCUAAGCAUGAAAUACCCAAAAGCAGUGUUUUUGAAAGUUGAUGUGGACAAGUGUCAGGAAACCGCGGGAAGCCAGGGUGUGUCGGCCAUGCCAACGUUCAUAUUCUACCGUAACAAAACGAAGAUAGACUUACAGAGGGGGGCUGACCCGAAUGCACUUGAGGAAAAGAUAAAGAAAUGGUAUGGAGAGGGAGAUGAAGAUGGUGGGGAUGAAGUAAUGGUUAAAGGACAUAUGGACCUUUCUUCCUUUAUAAACAAAUCAGGUUGUGAGUGUCUGAAUGAAUCUGAUGACAACCCACUUGCUCAUUGUCUUACUGCCAAGGGAGGCUAUCUGGAAUCUGACUGUGAUGAACAGCUGUUGUUGAGCAUAGAAUUCACACAGCCAGUUAAAUUACAUUCGCUUAAAUUAUAUGGUCCAAAAGAUAAAGGUCCAAAAACAGUUAAAGUGUUCCAGAAUCAGCCAAGAUCAUUGGAUUUUGACUCAGCAGAUAGUAUGACACCUACCCAACAAUUAGACCUGACACCGGAAGACACUGAAGAGGGAAAAUUGGUUCAGCUUAAAUAUGUUAAAUUCCAAAACGUUUCAAAUAUAACUUUAUUUAUAAAAGACAACUUUGAAGGAGGGGAGGUUACACAGUUGGAUUACCUUGGUUUUAUUGGCACACCUGUAGGUGCAACCAAUAUGAGUGAUUUUAAAAGGGUGGCUGGAAAGAAAGGGGAAAGUCACUGACAUUGUGCAAAGCAAGGACUCAGAUGUGUCUUUGUGUUUUAAAAGUUAAUUUAUCAUAAUGUUCAUAUUUCACAAAAGCUCAGCAAACAGUUUCUGUGAAAUAAAGUCUGAUCAUAGACAGUUAUCAAAUAAACUGAUUGUAUACAAUGGAAUAUAUGAAUAAUAAAAAUAAACAGUAAACAGGUCAGGAAAACAGGAUAAACGCUGAUUCUUUGUAUCCAUCAUGUUUCUUAAGUGUAAUGUUAGUUGUGUCUUAAAUGAAUUAAGCAUGAACCAUAUGGCCAUGAAUUUUGAAUAUAAUGUGUGAUCCAUCCAUUACAUAAAAGGAAACUAUUUUGUUUAUUGUGCUUGGCUUCUAACUUCAUGAUGUUAUUUUUUAUUUCAUUUUAUUUGGGUUUUAUGGCGCACCAACACAGUAAUGAAUUGUUGCUGCCACUAGAUAAUGGCAAAUAAUUUGUAUCCAUCAUGUUUCUUAAGUAAAAUUUGUCUAAGUGAGUAAAGCAUUAUUCGUAUGGUAUGAAUUAUCUUUAUAAAAGUGAAGCUUUAUGUUGGUCAUGGUUGUAUGUAGGACUGGGAAGAUUACUCGCUUAAUCAGAUCCGAUUCGAUUACUAGGUGAAACCAGUUUCAAUCUUGCAAAACCGCUAAUCGCUCCCAAACAAUAAACAUCACUUUUCACAAGUCUUACUUUAUCUUUACACAUUUCUUUGACCAGAAAUAGAUCCACAUUAUAUUUCCGCGAAAACAAAUCAACUUCAACAUAAUCAUAGUUUCGGAUUUGCCCGCCAUGAUAUACUUAAAAUUAAAAAGACCAAAAUACGACUUAUUAAUUGUUACACUGCUUGCAAACGAUAAAGUUGGUAAGUUUCUAAUGAAGUCAGCUGCUUGAAGUACCUUGAUACAGCCGUCAGGAAAGAAAACAGUCAUUUCAAUAUGGCGGCAGUUUAACCGGUUCGAUUUGAUUCAAAAUGAUUAACCGGUUUCAAAAUUUUGAAAUCGUCCCAGCCCUAGUUGCUUGUUGAGAUAUAAAACAUUGUCUGAAGAAUUUUUGGAAAUUAAUAGAGUUUUCAUUUUCAGCAGUAUUUUAACUUACAACCUUGGCAGAUGUCUUUGACACCUGUAUAUCAUUAUGUACGAAAUACCCACCCUUGGUGAAACUUCCUCCUCAAAUUUGCCAAGACAGUCAAUGUCUCUGGUAUUUUCCCAAACAAGUUCUGAUAUUUUUUACAGAAAUACGAGUCUCUGUAAUUUAAUGCUUCUCUUAAACAAAAUUUAAAAAGGGAUUUAAAAUAAAAUGUAUGUGAUUUUAAGUCUACAUCUCUCAUAAAUUUUGAUUAUUUAAAAUACUGAUGUGUGUUCCACUUUUCCUUCUGUUUUAAGUAUUUAAAAUACAAUCAAACUUCGUUCGCUCGAACUCUGAUAAUUUGUACAUCGCCGUUCGUUCGAAAUUGUCGCCAGGUCAUGGCAAUACCUCUGUUUAAUGAUUUUUGUUCAUUGGCUCGAACUACUGAUUACUCGAACAAAUUAUGCUGGUCCAAUCAAGUUCAAGCCAACAAAGUUCGACUGUAUAGUAUGAAGUUAAUAUUUGGUACGAAAAACAUUGACUCAUCUUUACCUCAUUGAAUAAAAAAUUUCACAAAAUAUAAUUUGAUUUGAUUUCUAGCUUCACUGUUCGAGUUAGAGAUAUUAUGUUAUAUCUUACUUGUUACAGUCAUUUCUCAGAAAAAUAUUUAAUGAAUUUAUCUUUCUCGUUUAAUGUAGCUUCAGGACAUUUCGUUUCCAAAGUAAAUAAUAUGUUCCGUUUUAUUCCAUUUAUUUAAACAAAUAUCAAUGCUUAGAAUACUUGCACAAGUAUUCCUCAUCUAAAUGUUUUAUGGAAAAGUCAUUGUGCUUGCAAUAAUUAUUCUCAUUAUUCUGGAUAGUGUUGAAAUACAGAUAAAUAGCUGAAA